GAAUCACCUGCCUUGUCUUGACCUAUAUUGUAGCAAGAAUGAUAAGUUCUCAUCCCUAUAGUGGAACACCACAGCAGAACAAUUCGUACCCAGUUACAAGAAUCCAGGAAUCUGACCCAUGUGGUCAUUGUCCAAAAGAGUGGAUUACAUAUUCCAAAGAUUGCUACUACAUUAGCACUGAAAGAAAACCAUGGAAUGAGAGUCAGUUGUCCUGUGCUUCUAAGAACUCUACCCUGCUCUCCAUAGAGGAUGAAGAGGAAAUGUGUUUGUUCGGCUUCCUCAUUCAUUCUUCAUGGAUUAGUAGAAUUUCCCAGAGUAUCAAUAUUAAUCCAUCUCUGUGUCCAAAAGACUCUGCCUUCUUUCCUAAACCGUCCUCAGUUUUUUCAGCAAGUGACAAGAAUUGUCCAUUUUUCAACUUUGACUCAAACAUAAGAUCUUUUGAAAACUGUUUAGAUCUAAAAAUAUAUGUUUAUAAGCAUUAGGCAUUUUAGUUACCUAAUUUUGGUAUAAUGCUAUCUCACCACCUAUAAAGAAGAUAUUUCUCAUUUCUUCAAAAGGCAUGCAAUUUUCCUAUAUACUUUUCAGAUACUCUUUUUAGAACAAUUUUAGUUCACAACAAAAUUGAGAAGAAGGUACAUAGCUACCUCCAGUGUCCCUGUAUGCACACAUGUGUGGCCUUGCCCAUUCUCAGCAUCAUUCACUAGAAUGGCUCAUUGGUUACCAAAAAGGAACCUGCAGUUUGAAUCAUAAUCAUGCAAAGCCCAAAGUGCACCUGAGGUUUCCCCCUUGGUGUCAAAGAACUGUUUUUCCAUCUUAAUUUUAUUAAUGUAAAAAAUAUAUGCUCAGGUACAUAUUAUACAGUUCUUAAGCUUUUGUUAUUUGUUAAAUAA